UCUCCAAAGUCCAGACUGCGUUUCUUCCAAUUCUCAUGUUUCCCAAUUUCGAUUCGUUUCUCAGAGAAAAUUAAAAAGCGAGAAUUUUUUUCUUAUCUCCACUCCACCACACUUUUUACUAGUUUCUCAAAUUCUCAACAAUUCUCUUAAGCAGGCCCUCUCUCCUUUUUCCACAGGGAGGUACAGGGUUCUGCGUUCGAGAUCCGAUCUCAGACCCUCAAAGGCUCAAACCCAGUUGAUCUCUGUUCCCAUUCAUGCGCUGAGGGAAUUCAAAUCGCAACACAGACAUGGGCAUUUUGUUUACUAAAAUGUUCUCUUCCCUAUUUGGGAACAAGGAAGCUCGGAUCCUUGUCCUUGGAUUGGACAAUGCUGGGAAAACUACUAUUCUCUAUCGGCUCCAGAUGGGGGAGGUUGUCUCCACGAUCCCAAGUUGCCAUUGGAUUUAAUGUUGAGACAGUGCAAUAUAACAACAUCAAAUUCCAAGUCUGGGAUCUCGGUGGACAGACAAGUAUCAGGCCAUAUUGGAGAUGCUAUUUUCCAAAUACUCAGGCUAUAAUCUAUGUUGUUGAUUCUAGUGACACUGACAGGCUGGUAAUAGCGAAAGAUGAGUUUCAUGCAAUAUUAGAGGAGGAAGAGUUGAAAGGUGCGGUUGUCCUCAUUUUUGCUAAUAAGCAGGAUCUACCUGGUGCGCUUGAUGAUGCUGCAAUAACUGAGGCUUUAGAGUUGCACAAGAUAAAAAACCGUCAGUGGGCUAUUUUUAAAACUUCUGCCAUAAAAGGGGAAGGUCUAUUUGAGGGCUUAGACUGGUUGAGUAACACGCUCAAGUCUGGAGGAGGCUAAUUCAUUGGUUUUGGGAAAUCUAAAAGCUUAUUUCUGCCUAGCCAGGUCAGAAUGGGGGGAAUGACUUUCUGAUCGAAAAUUUCAUUCAAGAGUGCAGUUAUGUCAAUUGAUCUUCUCUGGUUUUUCUUUUGUUCCGAUUUUGGAGUAAACCGCUGAUGCACAUGUAAAAUUUUUCAUCAUUGAUAUUUAUUUGGCUCUUAUUUUUGUAAGUUUAGUGUGUUCCUUACUUUUAGCUGCUUUUCCUAGUUCUUGUUUUGGGUGGUGGCCUUGGACUUCGAAAGGUGUUUAACGAGUCUCUUGGUUAGCUGAAAAUUGAAGUAACAGGCGAACUAUCUUGGUUGUCACCAUUAUUAAUUAGGGCUUUGUCAUAGUGCAGACAUAAAUUACAAGUUGUAUAAUUAAGUGAUUGAUAUGACAUCUUACAUUUAAAUAAUCAAUAAUCUAUUUGUAUCACAUUUAUAAAUGGAUAAUACUUGCUUCCGUCCUUAGAAGUAGGAACUCUUACUUUCCUACCAA